GGAUAUUAGUUUCCUGUUGCAUACCUAUAUGUAGUCAAUUAGUAAGAUGUGUACGUAAUUUUUUAAUUUAAGAAACGUGUCGUGUUAAUUCGAGUGUGUUUUUUUUGAGAAAAAUGAGAUAUAUUAUUUUUUGGUAGCCAAUUUUUCGUUUCGAAUAUGCGGUGACGAAGUCGAAAACCGUGACUGAAUUCGUGAAUAUGAAUUUCGCAAAUAGCCGAAUUUUAUUAUUGGUGAUUUGGAUUUGCUGUUCGGCUGUACCAGUUCGAUCUAUCACAUCGGAAAGUUUGCAAUUGAACACCCAAAGAUACAACGAUUGUGGUCGAUAUGCCUGCCCAGAAACCGGAGGAAAAUAUCAAUUCAGUUUUGACAACAUAUACACUUACGACUACACUCUGACAAUCAAUUCAACUUUCGACAAUCGCGAUGAGAAAUCCGACUUGACACUUCAAUUCCGGGUCGAGUUCAAGAUCAGAUCGUGCGAUGGGGUGAUGAAAGUGAAAAGGUUAAAAGAAAAACAAGGAUUAGACGUAUUCAAUAAAGAAGAAGUAGAUAAAAUCUACGAAGAAGUUGGUCAAAGUUUAUUAAGAUUCUCGUUCUACGAUGGGUCGAUUUUCAACGUUUGCCCGACGAGUGGUGAGACGAUCUCGUCUCUGAAUAUUAAAAAAGGAAUUUUGUCAGCUUUUCAAAAUAAAAUGAAGAGAUUCGAUAUCGAUAGAGUGAUCAACGAAAAAGAUGUGAAUGGUUUGUGCCCAACACAGUAUAACCUCGAAAAAGUAAAUGGUACCAGCCUCGUGAUCAGAAAAGUGAAAGAUAUAUCCAAUUGUUUGGAAAGAUACCAGCUACAUUCCAUCAUUCCUACUUCAAAAUAUGUAUUUCAAUCGAAAUUCAACAAAUGGGCUCCUUUAAAUUCCUCUGUCGUCUGCCAUCAAACGAUCGAUCACAGCAUCCCAGUUCAUAUUUACUGUAGUGAAGAUCAUACGCUGAAAUUGACCAAUAUGACCUACAGUUCGAGGACCCGAAUAACCCAAACCCUAGUACUAGCUCAGGAAAUACAAUCUACUCUCUUCGAUUCGCUCUACUUUCCAGAUUUUUCAAGUCGACAAGAUCUAUCAUUCGACCACACAAAACCGAAGAAAUCAGAGACCAGUGAAUUAGAAGAGAGCGUAAUGUUAUUGAAGCAAUUAUGCUCCAUUGCCACAGAAGAAUUUCAACCCGAUGCAGCCAGCACAUUUACAAAAUUUAUUCACACAGCUCGACAUCUGUCAUAUGACGCUUUAGAACUAUUACUGGAGCAAUCUUCGGAUACAUGCUCAACUGGAAGAAAACAUGUCCAAGACUCGUUGCCAUUUUUGAGAAGUACCGCAGCUGUAUCAUUAAUGAAAGAGAUUAUGAUUAAUGGAAAUAUUAGUGAAUCUACAGCCAAUGGAUGGCUUUUCGCUAUGUCGUUAUUUUCCAGACCAGAUGAAGAAGUCAUAGAAUCGACGACUCCUUUACUUAUGGCUGAUAAUGCCACCAAUAACAUGCUACUUAGUAUAUCUUCAGUGGUACAUUCGUUUUGCUCAAGAGUAGCUGACUGCAACGAACACGAGAUCAUCAUACCAGCAAUACUUCAUCUUGAAAGACAAUUGAAUCAAACAGUGCUCGAAGGUACUACAAAUAAUGACAAAAUCAUUAUACUUCUGAAAUCAUUGGCAAAUGCUGGAGUCCAGACCGAAUCCAUCCAGUACACUUUACGAAACUGUAUCUUCGAUCAAAGCCUUCCAGUAGAAAUAAGAUUGACUGCUAUUGAAAGCCAUAGGAGGCUUCCUUGUGAUUACAAUAUGGAAUUUUUGCUAAAUAUUUACACCAAUGCUGAUAACGAAGCCGAAAUAAGAAUAGCUGCUUAUUUACAACUUAUGAGGUGUCCCAAUUACGGAGCCAUCAAAAUAGUCAAAAAUACACUCGAAAAUGAAGAAGUCAAUCAAGUCGGAUCUUUCGUAUGGUCUCAUCUCCAAAACGUGAUGAAAUCUUCGCUAAAUUAUCGAAUAGAGCUUCAGUCCAUCCUGCAAGAUUAUUAUCUGCAGAAAAAAUUCAGAUCGGAUUUUCGAAAAUACUCGAAAAAUUUUGAACAAUCUUUUUUUUUGAGUGAUUACGGAAUAGGAGGUGUUAUCAGUGGAAAUAUCAUCUUUUCAACAAAAACUUACAUACCCAAAUACCUAUCGAUCAAUGUAACCAUUGGCAUUUAUGGAGAAACAAUCAAUGCGCUCGAGGCAACCGUAUUUCUUCAAGGAUUCGAAAAACUAUCGGAGAAAUUCUUCAAAGACGGAGCUCAACAUCUGGUGAAUCUAUUUGAAAAAAACUUCCCAUCCCUGAGAUUUUUACGUAGCCUACCAAACACGCUGAAAGAGCGAAUUCGAGCUUUACCCAACUCCAUCAUUGGAAAUUUUCCCGAUCCUUCGGUAUCUUUUUCGUUCAAGUUAUUCGGCAACGAGGUAAAAUACGUAUCGUUUAGAAAUAAAAAUGAUAUCAACGAGAUGUUCGAGAACUUCGACAUUUAUAAAAUUAUUAAGGAUCUUCUUAAUGGAAAGGAAAUCAAAUACGAUUACUCGACGGUAUUCAUGGAUAUCAGCUACGUGUCUCCGACAGGAGCAGGAGUACCUUUGAAUUUAGACGCAGUUGGAAUUUCCAUCACCAAUUUUGACACAGCUGUUUACGUCGAUGCAUCAAAUUUCAGUACUGCUCAUCAGAUUUUUAUCGAUGGCAAAUUUAAACCUAGAUUCUCAGUGAAUUUUGAAGGCACAAUGGGUACAGAUUUGGUCUACGAACAAACUCAGAUACAACUGAAGAGUAAAAUGUUUACAGCUUCUGAGGUAGAAGGUAGUUUUCACAUGGAUGGUUACGAGAAUAUCUCAUUAUCGCUGAAACUCCCUCUGAAAAAAUUCAACAUCUUUACUUUGGAAUCGGAUUUGUUCUUAAAAAAUAACACAAUCCAUAAAGAUGUGAUGCUAAACGAGACAGCGAUGUCAUUUGGAAAACCAUAUUGUUUUUGGCCUCUUCUGGAUCAAGUCUUCGGAUUGAAAAUUUGCUCAACUUACAAUAUUCCUGAUUCCACUCAAGCAUUUUUAUCAUUCAUAAACAUGCUCAAAGGACCAUUCAAGUUCAGCUUAUACAUUGAGAAAUCUGACCCCACAGCUGUAAUGUACAAGUUUCGAUAUAACAAGAAAUUUCUCAGAGUGAAUGAGUCAGCCAUCGAUAUGGAAUUUGAAACUCCUAAUUCUUUGAUAGAAAGAAACUUCAAGAUGUUGAUGUUUACCACACCUGAAGAUAGCAAUAUUACCGUAUCUAUUCAUUGCAAUAAAACAGAACUGGAAGCUUAUGGUGUAUACAAAAAUACUCCAAACGACAAAGUACUCAAUUUCUUCCUCAAUAUCAAUGGCGAAAAACACGUCGACCUGAUCUUAGAACUUCACUCAAAACAAGACAAAAGAGUGGUAGUUUACAAUCCAAAAUUAUACUUCGCCAUUACUUCUAAACCUGUAGCAGAACUAACUGGAAUGUACACUUGGACAGAAAAAAAAGGUGUCUCUCAGUGCGACAUUAAUUUGCAAUUCAAAACCAAUAAAUUCGACAGCAAUAUCACCGGGUAUAUUUUAGUCGGAGACGGAUCAGGCUCAUCUAAUCUUCAUAUAGCUUAUAAAUUCCAGAACAACAAAACCGAAACAUUAAAUUUCGAUUUCCAAUAUAAGGAUAAAUCAAACAAACUCGCCACCACGUUUGGAUCCAAUAUCUCGCUGGAGUCUAGUUUCUAUCCGGAGAUAAAUUUUGCACUGCAUUUAGGAUACCAGAAAUCUUACGAUCGUAUCGAAUCUAAAGUUGAUUACAUAUCCAAUCCGUUAUCUCAAGACGAACGAGUCAAAUGCAAGAUCCAGCUGCUGUUUUCUUAUUUUAGAUCUUUCAAUGGGCUUAAGCUUAAUUCGCAUUUAGAGAUAACCAAGCCUAUUACCGAUGUCAACGUCAAGUUAGGAGUUGGCUACCAUAGUCAUCCAGCGGGAUCCAGUUCGAUGGUAUUGGUUCGAUAUGCCACAGGCAAAGAUAUUGUGAUAAAACUGGAUAUAGUUUCUCCUCAAUCGCCCAGAUUUCAUUACGAGUUCACACUCAACACAACUCUACCUUCGGUUCAACAACCAAUGAUCGUUCAUUUUCGAAUUAACGAACGAUUCGAAAGGGAAUACGAUGUGGAUUUCAACGGUAUGUGGUUCAGUGGCCACACAGCCAAGGCGAGAGGAAUAUUUCAAGAUAAAUCUACCCAUUACAUGAACACCUACAUUAUUAAAUUACUCGUCAAUUCGCGUCUCUUUAAUGAAAUUUUGAUAAACGCCAAAAUAACGUUUAUGGACACUGAACACAAAAUAUCCGCCGCAAUUGAGCAUAAUGAAAUCAAAUAUAACAUUGUGGCGAGACAUUUGGUCCCCUCAGAAGAUGUUUAUGAUACUUUUUUAGAGUACAUUUAUAAUCAAACAGCCAGAUAUUCUAUGAGUAACAGAGUGGACUUGCAGAAGAAGGAACUCAGAGCCAUUAUACAUUUAGACAAAAUACGACAAAUUAAUCUGGUAGCCAGAGGCACUUUACUUAAAUGGAACUCGAACGUCGGAAUCGAGCUGCAAUGGGACGUGAACCGAGACCCAUCUCAAAAACUAAUCAUUAAUUUCAACACAAGAUCGUAUGUGUUACCAAAAGACCAGCAAUAUUACGCCAAGUUCAUUUUCGAGUACCCAGGACACACCAGCGAAGCAUCUUUUUUAUAUGAAAAUAAAGAUACCCUAUCUACACUAACUGCUGCUCUGGAGAUGAACCCAACAUCACUAAUUGAAGUAAUGGCGUACCAUCAAAAUGAGCUACUUACCAGAGGGAUAGCUCAAGUCGGAUUCCAACUACUGACACCUUUUGAGAACUGGAGAGAAUCUGCGUUCACUUUUGGAACGUAUGUAGAAAAUCAGAAAUUCCAGACAAAUGGUAGCUUGGUAUGGCAAGGCAACCAGAGUAUAGUAUUUGAUACCAGAGGAGGAUACAAAUUCGACGACAAUAAAACCAGUAUAACAUUAUCGUCGUAUUUAAACAGCACCCUGCAAGACUUAUCUGCAUUGGCUUUUGGGAUCAAUUACACCAGUGUGGUCGAUUUGGUCCAUCUUAGCUUCCUUCUACAGCCCAAUUUGAAAUACUCUCUGCAAGUCUCAACCACAGGAUAUGUGACACAUUAUGCCAAUGCCACCGAGUACAAUCUCCAUCUAGCUACACGAACCCCCUUCCUCGAAUACGUGGAAACCGAGCUGAACACCAGGCUUAAAUUCAUGACUGAGAAUCGAAUCAAUAGCGAUGCCAGUCUCAGAUUAAAUGAUAAAUUAUACAGAUUAUACAUCAAAGGUAUUUUGCACCCUUUUGAAAAAACCAAGCUAUGUUUACACAUGACCACACCUUAUGAGAAAUACGAAGACGUAAGCGGGAUAUUAUUUUACGAUCCGGAUGAGAAACACAUUUUCGUCAAUUUGACCAGUUUACAUUUCAACACACGAGUCGAACUUAUUUACGCUUAUAACAAUCUGUCCAAUUUUCACUUGAAAUUACAUCUCGCUACCCCAAUGGGUUACCUAAGUAAGCUCGUAUUAGUCGCCAUGUACAAUGGCAAAGCGGUGGAUUUGGGAUGUGCAUGGAAUUCGUUCACGCUGGGAUUCGCUGGUGCAGCUAAUUACCACUCGUGGACUGAUUUGGAAUACAAUAUACAACUAUUCACGCCAAUCGAAUCGUUCAAGGAGAGUAAUGCUAUUGUCAAAACAUACAUUAAAGACGAACAAGUUAUUGUGAAAGCGUCAAUUAGCUUAUCUAAUGCUACAAAGGCCGGAAUCAACCUGGAGUAUAACUCGGAACAGUCGAAAGUCACAUAUUUGGACGAAUGCGAUAAUUACUACGAUAAAGACACCCCAGGAAUAUACAAAAGCACCGUCUUAUCUAAUGCUGUAUUCGAGCUGGACACUCUGUUGUAUCCCACAAUCAUGGGCCAAUAUUUCAUUCGACAAAGUGGCAAUCGCUAUACUCUCGACUCUAAAGCCAGCGUUUUCUUUUUCAAAGCCAAUGUAUGGGAUCAACUCGAUUGGGAGAGCAUGACGUCGUUCAAUAACACUCUCAGAUUCUUUUCUUCCAUCGACAUGAUCACCACUUUAAUAGCUACAGUCAACAUGAAAGACAAUAACGACGAAGGAACCAAUAGUAGCAUGGAGACUGAAAUAGUAACAUUUGGCCAAAAACUAAAAAUGGGAGGAGAUAUGAUUUACCAAUAUCAAUCACUCGAUAGUUCUGUCUCGAGGCAAAAUAAAACCAAGUGGCAUGGAUUACAUUACUUUAUUUUCAACCUUCACACUCCUUUCGAGUUACUGGAAACUGGUAAAUUCAUCAUUACAGCUGGAAUAGAAAAUUACGUCACUGAAAUCAAUGUCGAUGUGAUUACUAAAUCGACUAAUACGUCUUUGCAUAGCAUUGUUGAAAUUUACGAAAAUUUCUUCAAUUUGAACGCAGCCUUCAAUAUUUCUUCGAUUUUCAUAUCGUUACCUUCGUACCGCCUGCAGAUACUUCGAGAUUUCAGUAAAUUGCAGAAACAAAUCAUAUUAACGUUGAAACAACCUAUUACUCAGAGCGAACAGCUUCACGAGGAACUAUUUGCUCUAAAAAGCGUAUGGUACUUGGAUAAAAGAAACUUCAUCAGCCUAUCUGGAGCACUGAAAACACCGUUUCACAUUCUAGACGAGUUACAAGCUAGUUUACAAUACCAUCAUGAGAUGGAUGGUCUAACCCAUCACCUGGAAGCGUUUAUGAAAUACUCGAAUCAGACAGAAAUGAAAGCCAGAGCUGAUUUGAAGCCUCCAAAUGUAACUCUGAACUUGGAAUCAACGAUGGAAGGUUUAAAACAAGCUCAUUUCGAGGGUACUUUGGAAAGAACCGGCGCUGGGCAACAGAAAAUUGACGCUUUGAUGAUCACAAAUCAUAAUUUCAGAAUACAAGGAUCGUCUUCUGUUACAGACAUAAUACCGUUUUCAAUCAAAGGCAAGUUGCUGAAAGGUAAAGAAGGUGCAGAAGUCAGCAACGUAGAAAUGUAUGUGAAAAAAACCUCGGGAGGGUACAAUGUACUGGCAGCUUUAUACUCUAAGGGCAAAACUCUCAAUGUUGAUACCAGAAUAACUGAUUUGAAGGACAAUACUCGUAUUGUCAAUCUUAAAAUUGUAACAGCAAGAGGGGAUACAGAACGUUUAGAAAUAGACGCUGAAUUGAAACUUCAACAUCCCGGAGUCUAUAUUCUGACAGUAAAGGGAGAAUCACUCAGAAACGAGGUUAAAGGAAGCUCAGUCAGCAAAGUUGAAAUAUGGUUCCGAGAUGGCAUCGCUGCUUUUUUCGCGAAUUCCGACUCCACUCUCGAUUUAACACCAAUUUCCGCCAAAGCAGAAAUAUUCGCAGCUUGGAAACCCCCUUACGAAGUGUUUGGUUCGGCAAAGGUACAGUACAGCUUGCAAAAAGCAGUGACUGAGCUGCUGAACGCCAGAUUGUACUUCUACAGGGCUACUCUCCUGCUCUCCGAUCUAGCCACAGGAAUCAGUAUUAAUUUCAACAGAAAAUGGAUGAUGGCAGCAAAUCUAACCACUAUAAUUAAAUCUGGAAAUGAUUCGAAAAUAGCGACACAUUUGUUACUUCCUAAUAAAAAUUCGUAUUCUUUCAUGUACGCUUUAAAGUAUAAUAAGCAAUUUGAUCAGAUUCAGCAUCUUUUGAUGUUCUCCCGUCCAAAAGAUACGCCUUGUUUCACAUUAAGCGAUGUGAAUCUAGUAAAUGAGGAUAUUCGAGGAUUUUUCGCAUUCAGGUGUGGAAUUCGAGACACGUUGUACAUGGUGGACGAUUUCACUGGCAAGAAAACUUGGAACAGGGUGACUGUGCGUAAUUUAAUGAAAUCCAAUACCCUAUCGAAUAGUUUAGUUACCAAUGUGGUCUACGAAAAACGUUAUUCAACUCAUACAGUCAGAAUGAAAUUCUUUUACCCACCCAGCCAACUGCAAGCCAACGUUGACGUUAAUUUUGAAUCUACUGAGAAUUUUGAUGCUUUUGUCAAUACAACGACACCUUUCCAAACCAUACCUUAUUUUGCUUGUGAAAUCAAUACCAGAACUGAUCCCGACUUUUAUCAACGCUAUGUGAAAAUUUUCAUGCUCGAGAAACCAGCUCUUUUCAAUGUAACUCACGUUAAAACCCAAAAACAUCGAAGUAUUUUAAACGAUGGCGAAGUAACUGUCAAGUUUCCAGUAACGACAUGGCACGAGGGUAAUUUAAUAUACGUCUACGAGGAUAUGAUCUCGCAUAUAAAUGGUUCAGCCGAACUGUUAUACAACAGUGAUAAACUUUUCACCAGUAUUUUCACCAAAGAUAUUAGGAAAACGUCGACUCGCGAUGACGACUACACUCAUUUAGAAAUAACUAACGAUUUCAUGCCGAUAGGAAUAAAUUAUUACCACGAGGAGAGUAAUCCGCAUGUGUCGAGAUUAUUGCAUGAUUUUAAACGAACUGAGAUUUAUAACCUGAGAAAUUCUACCUCGUUUAAUUUGACUGGUGAAGUAUUGGUUGAAAAUGAAGACAGUCAAGAGUGGACCACUUUCAAAAUACUGAAUUUUAAUCGAAGUAUUGUUUUAAAAUCUUACUCUAAUGGAGCUGAUUUACAAGAUAAUGGCAUUUACGUGAAACUAAAACCUCAGUUUUGGUUCAACUAUGGCUUACGAACCAAUAAGACGAUGACUAACACCACUUACGAUAAGCUGUUCGAUAUGAACAUAGCCUACCCAAGAAGGAAUUUCUCACUUCUGGGUAAUUUUGGAUACGGACCUAACUACCUCGGAUCUAGAUUCGUUGUCUUCAACUAUAUGGCCAAGCCGAGGAAAGCCAUAGGUAUAAUAUUCAACUCCCAAAAGUCGUUGAAUAACUUACGAGAAACCACUACAACAUUAUUCCAUCCUUCAUUUAAAAAGAAUGUAACCUUAUACACUACUUUUUCGCAUAGUAGAUCAAUAUUAGCAGAUAUGUAUGCAGAUCUUGAGUAUUCGCCGGAUCCAAAUCGGAAAUUAGUUUUGAAUGGAAUAAUCAGAGAUGAAUCUUAUAGAGAGAAUCGAAACUACAAACUACAUUUGAAAGGAAAACAUCCUGCUACAAAGUUUUAUUUAGAUGUCUCUGGAAUAUUGCAUAGUGAAACAGGAGUACAUCUUAUUGGAAAUAAUAUUUCAUACAGAAGAUCUUACCUACCAGAACAUUAUUGGAUAGGGAAAGCAAUGUUGAACACUAAACAAUACAUGAUCGAGAUAGAAAGAGUAUCUUUGAGAGGAAAAAUUUUAUUCUACGGUGAUUAUGGUGCAGUUGAAUCGAAACACAUUUUGAACACAAUGAUCGUAGAGGCAUCAGCAGGGACUGAUAUUUCUGGUAGAUUUGAAGUAGACCUGGAAGCAAAAGAGACCCAUGCAACGAUUAAUCUGACCUCGGACGCAACAGAUUAUUUAAAAAUUGAGGGCAACGUGCCAGAAAACAGAGAAGCAAAGUUUAACAUUUGGAGAUCCUACAAUGACUUUAAUUUCCCUCAGCUAUCGUUCUAUUUAGCCUUGAAUCAUUCCAGAUUCCUAUCUUCAGCUUUAUUAUGGAGGACUGAUAUGGGUUACAAUCUGCUGCGAACAGUUCGAAACAGCAUAUCGUAUUUAUGGACAUCUGCUCAAGAAUCCAUAGAAUUUUGGACCCAGUUUUUGAGAUCUGAGGCUACCGAUACGGUCUUGGAUGUUUGGCAUGAUGCAAAACCUGAAAUGCAGGAGUUCAUCGAAGAUUUCAACAAUAUAAAGACAAUUCAGGAGAACAUAAAUUAUUUCAAAACCUUGCUCAAUGAAUCUUAUCACGCUAAUGAGUUCUUUUUAAAAGAUAUCCAUCAACUGUACACCAUGCUUAGCCAAGAAGUAUCCAUAAUAGAUAAAAUAGGCGCUCUACCAAAAAUUGUGAGCGAAGUUUGGGAAUCGAUGGGAGAAACCGGCGAAACAAUAAGAAAAUCUCUAAUCUGGUUUGUAAAUACGGUGAAAGAAUUCUACGAAGAAUUAAUGAACGUCUUGGACGAAUUAGUAGAAGGAAAAGCUGAAAUUUACAUAGCAAAAUUCAUUAGAAAAGCGACUGAAAAAUUCGACAAUUUCGUCAAAGACCUUCACAUAUCGUUCGUUUCGAGCACAGAGAGCGUAAUAAAUGAGCUAAUAUCAGUAUUAACGCAUUACUGGAGUAAAAUUUUAUUAAUUUUUGAGCCCACCUUCAUUGAAAUUAUCCACCACAUCGAUUCCACUUUUUGGUCGAGCACUAGAAAACUCGUUGAUUUCAUUUACGCGAGAAAGGACGAUUUUAUGAACUCUCCUUAUAUUUUGAAAAGCACUAAUUUGACUCAAAAAUUGGAUAGUAUUUAUAAAGAUUUUUCCAAAAAUGACUUCAUUACUAAUGUGAAAAAAUAUGUUGGUGUGAUGUUCGACGCAGUGUACGAAUAUUACUUUUCUCAAAUACCUUUCCGAGAUGAACUUAAAUCAAUCGGUAAUGAGAUUUGGGAGGAAAUUAAACAACUUUAUAAACUUCAAUUGAUAGCCUACACAGUGGAUAACGUGAAAAUUAUGUAUAAUCAGGCGAUUUGGAUUUAUGAAUACUUUGACGUGACCUCAGGUAUCCAAAAAUUAAUUCCAUUUAUAUACAGACAAUUCCAAGAAAAUUCGAAUACAGCUCUUGAAAACGAAAUGAAGGUUCACAAACCUAAAACCAAAUUCUUAUUCGAUCCUGAAAGUGGUAUAAUCAAACUGGAACAAAAAUUACCAUUUCCUUGGCACGCAUUCAAUGAAACUCCAAUAUAUGAGGAAAUAGAAGAAUACAAAUUCCUCAAAAAAGUUCAAUCCUAUAUUUCGAAAUCAAAACUGAAAUUCUGGUCCAUCUUCAACACUGCGAUUUCGUUACUUGAUCCAGAUUCUUGGUUUCCUCCAUUCAAAGGUUACGCUAUUUUAGUCGGAUUGAAUAAUUAUAUCACGUUUGAUUCGAGACAUGUGCCAUUUUAUGGUAACAGUUGUCAAUACUUGUUAUCUCACGAUUUCAUAGACGAUGAGUUUUCUCUAGUCCUUAACGGUAAUCGUGAACAUUCUUUUGCAUACGAAAGCAUCUCAUUGUUGACUGAAGGGGAAACCAUCACAAUUAAUUUCUCUCCUGCUAGUAUUACUUUGGAUUCUCGAAAAGCCACAUCGUAUCCUCUGCAACUUAACCAGACGUAUAUUUACUUCGAUCACAAUAUCAUCACAGUCAAGAAUAAAAAAGGAAUCACAUUGGAAUGCAACAUGUACUACAACAUUUGUAUGGUUCAUUUAUCGGGUUGGUUUUUCGGCAAAACAUCCGGUUUAUUGGGUACAAUGAACAACGAACCUAGCGACGACGUCACAAUUUACAACAAACAUGCGAUUAACCAAGACCCGGAAUGGUAUUUAUGGUCUUUAUCGUCACAAAGUCGAACAUGCCCCGCAAUCAAUUCCAGUAUGCUGUCUCCAUUGGAUAAUGGUGUCAAUGAAAAAUGUGCUUCGCUCUUCACCAACACAACUUCACCUUUUGAAGCCUGUUUCAGCGAGGUGAACCCGAUACCAUUUUAUGAUAUUUGCACACUUCAUUUAGAAGAUUAUAAAGUAUGCGCUGCGGCAAUGGCUUAUAUCCAGUCUUGUAAAAUGAAUUCAGUACCUAUACGAAUUCCACCAUAUUGUGUGAAUUGUGACGCUGAAAAAAAGAUCCACGAAGGCGACUUCGUACAUCUAGAUGGGAAAAAAGUGCCACAAUCUAGCGAUAUAGUAUUCAUAGUGGAAGCUAAACCCUGCAACAAAGACUUAUUAGCGAAGAAAAAUAUCCAACACCUCAUAAGUACUUUGAAUAAAGAAGCAGUCAGCAACCGUUAUACGAAUAAUCAGUACGCUCUGGUUGUAUUUGGAGGAGAUGGAGUGCACGAUGGUGCCCAUAGUAUAAUCCUAAAUGAUAAAGUGUUCGCUAAUAAUAGCACAUUUCCGAAAUAUUUUGAGAAUAUUAAUAUAGGAAAUGGCAAUUCGGAUAUUUUUGCUGCGAUUCGUUUCGCUUCCAAGUUAUCAUUUAGAAUAGGAGUAUCAAAAACAUUCAUAUUAAUUCCUUGUUCGAAUUGCGAUCCUGCAAAUAUGGUGUUGGAUUACUCAGUAUUACAUCAUGCAAUGAUAGAGAGAUCAAUCAUAUUACACAUCCUAAUGAAUGAGACUUUCCCAUCUGAGAAAAGAGAUGCAGGAAAAGUAUUAUUUGGUUUGGAUGGAUUCACAGCUUAUACCAAAGAAGAUCACAAGAGUUUUAGAGGUGAUCAUGAGAUGAGGAAGUCAAUAAAAUUGACCAAAUCAUUACUGGGAUACUGUAUUCCAUUAGCUUUGGAAUCUAAUGGAACCUUGUUUGCUGCCAAAUACCUAUCUGAGAAUACUAGUAUGAUGAGAAAAUUUGCAACAGUAUUUUCCAAACGAGUGGUACAAACCAUGAAGCCAAACGAAUGUCAAGAAUGCGAAUGUCAUUCAGAUAACAAUGGUGUUCCUUAUUUCGAAUGUUUGUCUUGCUCGUACCCAUCCACAGUCAAUUUUGAUUUCGGAGUUGAAGACGAGGCUGAUUUGGAAUCUGUUCUUUCAUCUGAUACAUCGUUGACACGUGAUGAGUUUGACUGAUCUGUGAUUCUAUUUUAAGAUUUUUAAAAAUUAUUUCGAUAAGUAUUUAUUACGUAAGUUUAUAUUCCAACUGAGAUGCCAUAUGAGAUGCGCAGCGCCGCAGCUUUGGUUUCUAAAGGGAUGAAUUUUUUAAAAACAGAUUUUCCAUUAUCCUCUUUACCAACUAUUUCAGCUGCAAAAACCAAUUUGUCAAUUUUUUUGGGAUUUUCAAAAAUGUUUUUCCUUAUUACCUACAUAAGAUGGUGAAAUCAGUUGCUAUUCAAAUAAAUUUGAGAGUAUUUUUCACUUGAUACUACAUAAAAACACUUAAUUGAGUUGAAAAAUUGAAAAACUUGAACUUUUAUUAUUGCAGUUGGUAUCCAGUAUGAAUAAAAAAGACCAUGAUAGGUUACUUUUGACUAGAAAAAUUCUAAAAAAUGGAUUCUCCUCCCAUCACAAAAUCUUUGUUUCUUAUGCUGACAAUUUAAUGACUCCUUCCAAAAGGGUGGAAGGGGUGAUUCAGAAAUGUUCAAACUUUGAAAUUUACUGGUAUCAAGAGAGAAAAAAACUGCAAGUUCGCACAUUUUGGAAAAAUGUUUUAUUAUUACACACUUACGAUUUAAUUUAUUUACUGUUACAUAAUGAAAUUUUGGUUCUUGAAUUAUAAACAAUGUAAGCUGGUAAAAUAAAAAGUGUACUUGAGGUUAAAUAAUUUAUCAGCAUGCAAUUAAAUUUAUGCAUCAACUUCCA